AUGGACAUGAUCGUUAUGAGUCCCAAGAGACUAAUGAGAAUGGCUAGGAAAUUGCAGAAGACAGCUGAUAUGGGGAGGAAGAAAAUUUCAAACCCAAGAGUAGUUGGUAACAACUCCAAUAAUACAGACUGCAACUCGAAGGGCGAAAAGGGUACUUUUGUCAUCUACACUGUUGAUAAGAAGCGUUACGUGCUACCAUUAUCUUAUUUGCACAACUGCAUUUUCCAAAAGCUUUUUAAGCUGUCCGAAGAAGAAUUUGGACUCACAAGUAGUCGGCCUAUCAUCGUGCCAUGUGACUCGUUCUUCAUGAAUUACGUAGUCUCACUCUUCCAACGUGGAAUAACUACGGAUUUGGAGAAAGCUUUACUGAUCAACCCUACCAUUAGUAGUAGCUGCUUCAUUGGUUCUACUAACUUACAUCAAGGCAAAACAGGACAACAAUUACUCCUUUCCGGUUACUGA